AUGAAACGAUCCCCUUCACCUUCACCUUCCAACGAGCCUCAUACUCCCACUCCCACCCCAGGACAAGACGUCAAAAGAGCAGAUAAAUCGCCUAAAAUUCCCAAGAAGACUAAGGUCGAAUUGACCUCCUCUGGAUCUGCCUCACCUUCGAACACUCACUCGACACCUGAUAAGAAAGAACAAUUCCUCGAGAAGAUCAUUAGUAUAGGAUUGAAAGCUUGUAAUGUCGAUGAGAUCUGCCAAGAGUUCGGUCUCACCAAGAUCCAAUUUCGAAAUGCUACUCAAGCUGGAAAGAAAGGGAAUCUGAGAGAUAAAGCUUGUAAAGGAAUUAGAGGUGAAUAA